UUUUGUAUGUAGGUUUUAUAAUUCAGAGAUUAUUCUUUCAACAAAUCCGAUGUUAUUUAAUGGUACAAAAGGUGUUUGAUAACUACAUAGAAAGGCAAUUAUGGUAAUCGUUCCUGGGCGGUCAUCAAUCAUGUGCAAUCGAGCUGUCUGUGCACUGAGUCAGAUGUGUGAUUGGCUGCUGGCGGGCAGGGAAACUGAACACGUCCUCAUUAAUGUGAGCGAGACCCCGCGGGCUCCUCACGAGGACACAAGCGCAUCGUUUGACUCUCAAGUUAUACAGCGGCUAUAAAGUGUUCCGCUGUGUGAACAACAACUUUUUCCGUGAUUCGCGUUUGUUAUCUGGACCUUUAAAUCUGAUCCUGUGACGUCAGCGUCACCGGUGUUUAAAACAACGUGCAACUGAGCCAACAUUUGUUAUGAUUUUUUUCAACUUCAGCUUUACGGCUGCACCACAUUGAAUUCGUGUCCUACUGCAGUUUCUGCUAUUUUUACUGGUAUUUGUAUGAAAGACAAACAGAAACCAGAAAGGGACGUUUACCUGCAGUUAAUGGACGAUUUUCUUGAUGGACUGAUGACCCGCAGCGGGACUGCAGCUUUCUCUGUGCUGGACACUCAUCAUGUCAUUUACACAGUUUGGCUAUUCAUAUCCUGCAGCACCACAGCUUUUAAUGUCUUCUAACGCUCUGAGCGCCUGCUAUGAGUCUAAUGGUUCUCUGCUGGACACUGGAGUGGCAACUUCUCCUCAAAACUCACUUUACUGCCCGGUAUAUGAAAGUAGGCUUGUGGCCUCCAGCCGGCAUGACCUGAUCCCCACUGCUGUCUAUGGAAACUCCUGUUCAAAGAGUCACAGUUAUGAUACCUACAGCACUUACGGUCCAGAUUCAACCUCAUGCUAUCCUCUGGGUAAACUCAGUGAGAAAGAUGGAGUGCCAACUGGACAUUCAAGAGUUACCCAAAGCUCUGCAUAUUACCAUUACGACUACCCAAUUGGUCAGUACCAGUAUGACAGAUAUGGAUAUGGAUCUGUAGAUGUGAGCACAAGAAGAAAAAAUGCUACCAGAGAGACCACCAGCACACUGAAAGCAUGGCUGCAGGAACAUAAAAAGAACCCGUACCCCACCAAGGGUGAGAAGAUCAUGCUGGCCAUCAUCACUAAGAUGACCCUUACGCAGGUUUCCACCUGGUUUGCCAACGCACGCCGGAGACUCAAGAAGGAAAAUAAAAUGACGUGGUCGCCGCGCAACAAGACCUCAGAUGAGAAGGAGUGUGACGACCAAGAAGAUGUGGACGAAUCGCAGGGCGAGGCAAUAAAAACCGAAAGAGAUUUCAAUGACAACCAAGGAAAGGAUGAUAAAGAUCAACUUCACAGCGAUCUGGACGAUUUCGAUCUAGUGGAAUCAGAUGGCUCCGAGUGCGAAUCGAAACCAUCCUUUGUCAUGCGCGCUCGCUCAGAGACCAGCGAAUGUACAGAUAACCGCUUUAAAGAAAACGUUACCGAGCUUCCCAGAGACGUCCAUGAAUUUAGUGAAGACCGCCUAAGACCAACUGCUGAAGACCACCAAACGGCAAAGUUCUACCUUCAACAAGGCCAAAAGACUAUUGAGACCAAGCCAAAAAUCUGGUCUCUUGCACAGACUGCUACGUCAUUAAACCAAGCCGAUUACUCCUCAUGCAUGCAUAAAGGAACGUCGUGCUCUUCUUCAAACUGUGACUCAGACUCCGACAUAAUAAAGAGGAAACAAGAGUCUCCAGUGGCCACACUGAGAAACUGGGUUGAUGGUGUGUUUCAUGAUCCUUUAUUCAGACACUCAAACUUCAACCAAACUUUCAGCAACUCCACAGAGUUAUGGACCGAAGCCAUUUCCUCACAGAAUACCUACCAUGAACACUCAGAACCUAUUACUUCCUCUCAGCAACUGUGA